AAAUGAACUGAAAACUGUUGUUGGCGCUUCCUGUGUUGAUAACCGUGGCGCCAAGAUGAGACCUUUAGUGCUUGCUGCCUGUGUGGCGGCAGUUGUCAUAGCGUUCACUCAAUCAGUUCAAUGUCUCAGCCACGUGCCCAAGUGGGUUCAUGAUAUGCGGGUACAGCGUGUCGCAGAACUCAAAGAACAGAUCGCGAAGGCGUCCGAAAGCUCUGCCAGUAGUUUUGCUGGAGUUGAUUCUAACGACAUUGCCCGCCUAGCCGAAGAACUUGCGUGCCUUCAAUCAGAGGAGGACAGGCUGCAAGAUGACAAGCGAUCAGUUGCUCUUUUUGCCACUAUCGUCAUGGUAGUCCUAUUCUUGCUGUUCUUCCUCACAACGGUGCACAUGGAUGAAGCAAUCAAAGACGCCAGCAUUUUUCAAAGCGGGCGGGCAGAUCUACUUCAUCUUCGCCUCUGAAACUCCAGCCCAUGCUCGGCAACAGAGAGAACUAUUCGAAGGCUGCAGACUGCAGUACUUGAGUGGUUCUAGUCUUGACGUUGCAUCCCUAUAUGUGCAUCGACUGGGUAUUCAAGUGUUGGAUCCGGAAGCAGCUUGGUAAGCAAACCUCAGAUUCCGAUUAGCGAUGCACCUACCGCUGGACAAUGCCCUAAAAACAUCAAUGCUCGAGCCUGACACGGAACAGUAACGUAGAGGCUAUCCGUUGCUGAGUUAUGUGUAUGGAUUCUGCUGCGGCGAACAUGAGCAGAAUUCGAAACCCACAAGCGGAAUUCAGCAGAUAUUCUGAAUGCCAACUUUCUAUUCGCACCCGUAUUUCUGGUACAAUUAUUGUCGCUCCACAAUGUGGCAUAGUUAUGGAAUGUGCAGCGUUUACAAAGAAACACACGUUUUGGUUCCUCUAGAAUUUUCCUUUGCGCGGGUAUUUGUUAGUUGCCUGGCACCACAGCGACUUUGUCCGGUGCCACGAUGUCCCUCAAUGCCUUCACACACAAGCAACAGAGACCUGCGUCAGGCUUAACGAUAGUUGCUGUUAGGAGCCUCAACCUUUAUGACGAAGUACAGAAGCCGUGAUUCAGUCCCUGGCAUA